UCUAGCGAGGCUGCACGACAGAUACCCAUUUCCGCCAAUCCCUGCGUGGCUACAGCCAACCUGCGUAAAGCAGUCUUGACAGUGUCUGGGCCGCUCAGUGCCAAUCAGACGAAGUUCAGAGCUUCCGGGCGUAAACAGAACUACAAGCCCCAUUAGGCAGCGCUCCAGAGAGCUCUAUGGGGGCGGAGCCCGAAUACCUGCCAGUCACGUGGGACGAUAAGAAAUUCGACUUGGGGGUCGCCGCCAGUGUAAUUUUAUUGCUGUCGGUUAUUAUAGGAGAUAAAGGCAAUGGAUCUUGAGUCAAAGCAUAGCUACAUAGGAAGCUUUAUUCAGCCUCCAGAUAAAAUACCCUCUGCACAUGCUGGCUUCUGGUCAAAGAAUGCAACAGCUGAUACAACAGACAUCUCUGCACAAAACAACCAAGCUCUAGUGUUAGCCCUGAAAACUCUUCAAGAAAAGAUCCAUCGACUUGAGUUGGAGAGAUCAAGGGCUGAAGAUGACCUGAACAGUUUGUCCAGGGAAGCUGCCCAAUAUAAAAAGGCUUUGCAGUGUGAAUCAAGUGAGAAGGGUGUAGUUCAUCAGGACCUGAUGCAAGAGAGGAGAGAUGUAAACACACAAUUAAGAGCAGCACAGUCUCGCUGCUCCUUGCUGGAGAAACAACUAGAUUACAUGAGGAAAAUGGUGGUCAGUGCGGAGUUGGACAAGAGAAGGGUUCUAGAACAGCAGACCCGGCUUCAGGAGGAAAAAGACCAGAAUCAGGUGGAGCUAUGUGCCAAACUUGACAAGCUUGACAUUCUAGAAAAAGAAUGUUGGAGACUUACUAGCACCCAGAAUACUGCAGCAGAAAAGAUCAAACAGCUCGAGGAGAAGCUGCUAGAAGAGCAACAUCAGCGUAAACUAAUACAAGAUAAAGCUGCACAGCUCCAAACAGGACUUGAGAUGAAUCGGAUCUUAAUGGCUUCACUUUCACCUCAAAAAGACACAAAGAAGAAAAGUAGUAAGAAGAAAGCUGUAAAGAAAAAUCCUGGCUCCAGGAGAGAAUGUGGCUCACAGCCCAAUCUACAGGCUGCAACACUCCCUUUUGUUGCUGGGAAGUCUACUAGCUCAAGUCAUUCUGUUGCUGCAAAUGUUCAAAGUGUCUUGCAUAUGAUGAAAUAUCGUAGUCCACAACGUUCAGAAGGAGCUGAAAAAAGGACUUCUAGAUGGACUGGCUUGUGCAGAACUGCAUCUUACUCUGCAUCUUCUUCAGCUUCUGAAAAUCUCUCUGAUCUUCUCUUGGUUAUGCAAGAUGAGCUGGGACAAAUGAGCUUUGAGCAUCAAGAACUGUUAAAACAGAUACAAGAAACUCAAAACCCUGAUGUUCGGGAAGACCUUGAACGUGAACUGGAUUGUCUUGUGAAGCAGAUGGAAAAUAAAGGAGAGCAGAUUUCCAAGCUGAAAAAACACCAAGAAAAUGUUUAUAAACUGAAACAGAAGGCUCAAAAACUGAAGAGAAAAGAAACUAAUGCUGCAACAAGACCUAGUGAAUUUAAAGAGACUGCAUUCAUUCCAAGAGGCAGUGUGCAUAAUAUCUCUUCUAUGAAUAAGAGCACAAGUUCCCUUCAGCUGUUGAAAAGUGCUCAGAAGCUUCAGCUGAUAUUGAAGAAAGAUGAUAUCAUUUGGGAACCAUAGUUUUUAAAACUGUUUUCCUAGACAACUAUCUGCUGGUUGAUCCAAGUUUCCAAUCAAUUAGGCUUGGAUUAAAUAGAUCUUUGGUGCCGACUGCUCGAAUCAAUAACAUUCCUGUAGAUUGAGAGAAAUAAUGUUUUUGUUUCUGCAUUGACUUUUAAAAAUAUAAUUGUAACUUUGUUUUAAUAAAGUAUAUGUUAUAUCUUGAAUUAAAGAAUCACUCUUUAUAGAAUAA